GGAAGACCAAGUUUACGUAUUAUUUGUCCCAAUUGUCUUGUAAUGGGAUUUGAUUUUAACCACUAAAACAAUAUCUUGUAUAGUAAGUCUUCUAUACAAGUCUUCGAGGAAAGGAAGACCAAGUUUCUCCUCUCUGUUACUGUGUUGUAUUAUUGAUAUACUUCAAAGAGUUUUCCUUUGAGAAAUUUCGUCUCUUCUCUCUCAUCCUCUGCCAUGGCGUCUUCUUGCUUCAGAUAGAUAUACAAUGUUCUCAGAUGGAUAUACAAUGUUUUCGCGAGCUUCAGUGGAGAAAAUUUCGGCAAAUUGUUUCGUGGCCAUCUUGUCAAGGAGCUCGAGCUCGACCGUGAAAUGAUGGAUACAUCCAAAGAUGAUGAUAUGGAGAUAGCUUCUUCUUCUGGCAGCCGGAGAUACGACGUUUUCCCAAGCUUUCGUGGAGAAGAUGUCCGUGACUCAUUCCUCAGCCAUCUUCUCAAGGAGCUCAGGGGCAAAGCAAUCACAUUCAUAGAUGAUGAGAUCGAGAGGAGCCGCUCAAUCGGCCCGGAGCUUUUAUCGGCAAUAAAAGAAUCGAGAAUAGCAAUCGUUAUCUUCUCUAAGAACUAUGCUUCAUCCACCUGGUGCCUGAAUGAAUUGGUGGAGAUUCACAAGUGUUAUACGAAUUUGAAUCAAAUGGUGAUUCCGAUUUUCUUCCACGUUGAUGCUUCGGAAGUUAAAAAACAGACCGGCGAAUUUGGAAAGGUCUUUGAAGAGACAUGCAAGGCUAAAUCAGAGGAUGAGAAACAAAGUUGGAAGCAAGCUCUAGCAGCUGUUGCAGUUAUGGCCGGAUAUGAUCUUCGGAAAUGGCCUAGUGAAGCAGCCAUGAUUGAAGAGCUUGCCGAGGAUGUUUUGAGAAAAACUAUGACACCAUCGGAUGAUUUUGGCGACUUAGUCGGAAUUGAAAAUCAUAUAGAGGCAAUAAAAUCAGUAUUGUGCUUGGAAUCCAAGGAAGCUAGAAUAAUGGUCGGGAUUUGGGGACAAUCAGGGAUUGGUAAGAGUACCAUAGGAAGAGCUCUUUACAGUAAACUCUCUAUCCAGUUCCACCAUCGCGCUUUCAUAACAUAUAAAAGCACCAGCGGUAGUGACGUCUCUGGCAUGAAGUUGAGGUGGGAAAAAGAACUUCUCUCGGAAAUCUUAGGUCAAAAGGACAUAAAGAUAGAGCAUUUUGGUGUGGUGGAGCAAAGGUUAAAGCAACAGAAAGUUCUUAUCCUUCUUGAUGAUGUGGAUAGUCUAGAGUUUCUUAAGACCUUGGUGGGAAAAGCUGAAUGGUUUGGAUCUGGAAGCAGAAUAAUUGUGAUCACUCAAGAUAGGCAACUUCUCAAGGCUCAUGAGAUUGACCUUAUAUAUGAGGUGGAGUUCCCAUCUGAACAUCUUGCUCUUACGAUGUUAUGCCGAUCUGCUUUUGGGAAAGACUCUCCACCUGAUGAUUUUAAGGAACUAGCAUUUGAAGUUGCGAAGCUUGCCGGUAAUCUUCCGUUGGGUCUUAGUGUCCUUGGUUCGUCUUUAAAGGGAAGGACCAAAGAAUGGUGGAUGGAGAUGAUGCCUAGGCUCCGAAAUGGUUUGAACGGAGAUAUUAUGAAAACAUUAAGAGUCAGCUACGAUAGAUUACAUCAAAAAGAUCAAGAUAUGUUCCUUUACAUCGCGUGUUUAUUCAAUGGUUUUGAAGUCAGUUACGUCAAAGAUUUACUUAAAGAUAAUGUUGGGUUUACAAUGUUGACUGAGAAGUCCCUCAUACGUAUUACACCGGAUGGAUAUAUAGAGAUGCACAAUUUGCUAGAGAAAUUGGGUAGAGAAAUUGAUCGUGCAAAGUCCAAGGGUAAUCCUGGAAAACGUCGAUUUCUGACGAAUUUUGAAGAUAUUCAUGAAGUAGUGACCGAGAAAACUGGGACAGAAACUCUUCUUGGAAUACGUUUGCCAUUCGAGGAAUAUUUUUCGACAAGGCCGUUAUUAAUAGAUAAAGAAUCGUUCAAAGGCAUGCGUAAUCUGCAAUAUCUAGAAAUUGGUUAUUACGGGGAUCUACCUCAGAGCCUCGUUUAUUUGCCCCUUAAACUCAGAUUGCUAGACUGGGAUGAUUGUCCAUUGAAGUCUUUGCCAUCUACUUUUAAGGCGGAAUAUCUAGUUAACCUCAUAAUGAAGUAUAGUAAGCUUGAGAAACUGUGGGAAGGAACUCUGCCCCUUGGAAGUCUCAAGGAGAUGAAUUUGAGGUAUUCCAACAAUUUGAAAGAAAUUCCAGAUCUUUCUUUAGCCAUAAACCUCGAGGAAUUAGAUCUUGUUGGAUGCAAAUCUUUGGUGACACUUCCUUCCUCGAUUCAGAAUGCCACUAAACUGAUCUAUUUAGAUAUGAGUGAUUGCAAAAAGCUAGAGAGUUUUCCAACCGAUCUCAACUUGGAAUCUCUCGAGUACCUCAAUCUCACUGGAUGCCCGAAUUUGAGAAACUUUCCAGCAAUCAAAAUGGGAUGUUCAGACGUUGACUUUCCGGAAGGGAGAAAUGAGAUCGUGGUAGAAGAUUGUUUCUGGAACAAGAAUCUCCCUGCUGGACUAGAUUAUCUCGACUGCCUUACGAGAUGUAUGCCUUGUGAAUUUCGCCCAGAACAACUCGCUUUUCUCAAUGUGAGGGGCUACAAGCAUGAGAAGCUAUGGGAAGGCAUCCAGUCGCUUGGAAGUCUCGAAGGGAUGGAUCUGUCAGAAUCUGAAAACCUGACAGAAAUUCCAGAUCUUUCAAAGGCCACCAAGCUCGAGUCUUUGAUACUCAACAACUGCAAAAGUUUGGUGACACUUCCUUCUACAAUUGGGAAUCUUCAUAGAUUGGUGAGGUUGGAAAUGAAAGAAUGCACAGGGCUGGAGGUUCUUCCGACCGAUGUCAACUUGUCAUCUCUCGAAACCCUCGAUCUCAGUGGUUGCUCAAGUUUGAGAAGUUUUCCUCUGAUUUCAACUAAUAUUGUAUGGCUCUAUCUGGAAAACACCGCCAUUGAAGAAAUUCCUUCUACAAUUGGGAAUCUUCAUAGAUUGGUGAGGUUAGAAAUGAAAAAAUGCACAGGGCUGGAGGUUCUUCCGACCGAUGUCAACUUGUCAUCUCUCGAAACCCUCGAUCUCAGUGGUUGCUCAAGUUUGAGAAGUUUUCCUCUGAUUUCAGAGAGUAUCAAAUGGCUCUAUCUGGAAAACACCGCCAUUGAAGAAAUUCCAGAUCUUUCAAAGGCCACUAAUCUGAAGAAUUUGAAACUCAACAAUUGCAAAAGUUUGGUGACACUUCCUACUACUAUAGGAAAUCUCCAAAAAUUGGUGAGCUUUGAAAUGAAAGAAUGCACAGGGCUGGAGGUUCUUCCGAUCGAUGUCAACUUGUCAUCUCUUAUGAUCCUCGAUCUCAGUGGUUGCUCAAGUCUGAGAACUUUUCCUCUGAUUUCAACUAAUAUUGUAUGGCUCUAUCUGGAAAACACCGCCAUUGAAGAAAUCCCUUCUACAAUUGGGAAUCUUCAUAGAUUGGUGAAGUUAGAAAUGAAAGAAUGCACAGGGCUGGAGGUUCUUCCGACCGAUGUCAACUUGUCAUCUCUUAUGAUCCUCGAUCUCAGUGGUUGCUCAAGUCUGAGAACUUUUCCUCUGAUUUCAACUAGAAUCGAAUGUCUCUAUCUGCAAAACACCGCCAUUGAAGAAGUUCCCUGCUGCAUUGAGGAUUUCACGAGGCUCACUGUACUUAUGAUGUAUUGUUGCCAGAGGUUGAAAACCAUCUCCCCAAACAUUUUCAGACUUACAAGACUUGAGCUCGCCGACUUUACAGACUGUAGAGGUGUCAUCAAGGCGUUGAGUGAUGCAACUGUGGUAGCGACAAUGGAAGACCACGUUUCUUGUGUACCAUUAUCUGAAAACAUUGAAUAUAUCUGGGAUAAGUUGUAUCGUGUUGCAUACCUCCAGGAACAUUUUAGCUUCCGUAAUUGCUUCAAAUUGGAUAGAGAUGCGCGAGAGCUCAUCCUACGAUCAUGCUUCAAGCCUGUGGCCUUACCAGGUGAAGAAAUCCCUAAGUAUUUCACGUAUCGAGCUUAUGGAGAUUCCCUAACUGUCAUUGUACCUCAGAGCUCUCUUUCUCAAAAUUUCUUGCGAUUUAAGGCUUGCGUCGUGGUUGAACCUCUCUCCAAGGGCAAGGGUUUUUAUCCAUUCUUGAAGGUAAACGUUGGCUUCAAUGGCAAACAGUAUCAGAAAUCAUUUUCUAAAGAUGCAGAACUGGAGCUUUGUAAGACGGAUCAUCUGUUUUUCUGUUCCUUCAAGUUCCGGUCUGAAGAUCUUCCAUCUAAAUUGAAUUUCAACGAUGUGGAGUUUAAGUUUUGUUGCUCCAAUAGGAUCAAAGAAUGCGGUGUACGACUCAUGUAUGUCUCUCAAGAAGAGAACAACCAACAGACUACGAGAAGCGAGAAGCGGAUGCGGAUGACAUCGGGGACAUCUGAAGAAGAUAUCAACUUACCCUAUGGCCUAAUUGUAGCGGACACAGGAUUGGCCGCUCUAAAUAUGGAGCUUUCGUUAGGGCAGGGAGAACCAUCAUCAUCAACAUCUCUAGAGGGGGAAGCUUUGUGUGUUGAUUACAUGAUAACUGAAGAACAAGAUAAAGGAAUUCCUAUCUUGUUUCCUGUUUCUGGUAACUGAAACAUCUUAUCAUUCUGUUUUGCUCUGUUUUAGGAUAACUUGGGAUCGACUAUGACUAUAAUGAUAAUGAUAAUGAUAAUUAAUUACAUUAUCCAACUCUGCGUUUGUUUUGAACAUUUCGCUUUUCCUGAAAGAAUAAAUGUUUCAGAAAGCCACACUUUAGCAUAUUCUGGAAAAACAUCUUUCGCAUGGUUUUGUAUUGUACCAUACAUCUAUCUAUUUCCACAUUGAAUUU